UGUUGGUCAGGUCUGAGGCUUCAUCUUUUAUAUUCUUUCCUGGCUGGGUUUCUAGUCUUAUCCCUACUUCCACACAUAGCUUAUAGCUUAUCAUUACUCCAUUCGUGGUUUACUUACAUCAUUCUAUUGCUUAUCACUCCUGAUCAGGGGUGUUCACCCUAGGCCUUACAUGUAUGUGUUCCUUACAAAAGGUCUAGAAUACCAUUUGUCAAACAAGCAGCUAGGCACAUAAAGAAUUUAUUUGUUUGCUCCUUUCUCCAGCCUUCUACGGUUUUUGAUAAUGUCCGGCUGCAGGCUGUCCAAACACAGAAGCACAUUUGAUCCUCUAAUUCAAUGAAGAGAGACUUCCGGGAGUCCACCACAGACAGCACUUUAGGGCGGGGCGCAUCACCUUCACAAACCGGGCUAGUAGGGCCGGACUGCCAGGCGGGGUGAGAUUUGGAAACGACUCCUGGAGUGGGGUGACUGUAACAAGCUGGAGGCUCCGGCGGCAGCGGCGCCCCUCUCUGAGCCAGGACCCCUUGAUCUGGCCGGCCCAAUUCAGCCGGCUCCAACCGGCUCCAGGAGGGUCUCCGGCGGAGCCCCGCCCCAGCUGCCUGACUUACACCGAAUUUUAGUCUUCAAGUUUUGUUCUUGAGACUUUUGUCAGCUUCUGGGAGGAGAGCCGACCUCUGACUGGGAUAUUUAGGGACUUGGGUUUGUACUUGGCUCCCAGAAGCUCAAGUCCUGAGGGUCCUGACAAAAGACUGCCAGCCCUUCAGGUUUCUUGCUGGGAAACUAGGACGAUCUGAAAGCUGCUGCCCAUUCAAAGCCUACAGCUCGUAAAUGACUACGUGAUGCAAUGUCCUGGAUGAGUGGGUCUCCAGUCUUAACCAACGCCGCUCCUAGAUGAAAGUAUCCGGAGGUCCAGAUUUCAGGUUGCAACAGUAUACUUACUGAUUCUUCGGUGGAAUAUCAAACUUUGAAACAUCUCUGAAGUCACCCCCAGCAUCCUGACUGACCUCUUCAGGCCCCACAUUUUCUUCCACCCAAUGAACCAACUUGUGGGCUUCUCUUCAGUGACUUUCCCUGCGCUCCAGAUGUAAACUAAGUGAUGUGCUUGAAAGCAGAUGUGAGGUGCUGUGAGGUACAGAGAAGUGAGAGAACCUGUUUUUGAAGAGUUGGGGGAGCAUUGCUCAGUCCUGUUCAUGGGUCUAGAUGGAGGCAAAUGCUUCUGCUCUCCUUUGGGCUGGGAGAUGAUUCCCACGGCUGCUCUACUCCGAAGACUUAGAGCAAAGGGCCACAGUGCGUGUUCAUAGGAAGAACCACCUGGAGGAAUUGCAUGAGGCUGUACCCAGGAUUUAACGAGGAACGCCAGGGUGGACAAACUUGGGCAUGUCAGUGUCGCCAUUCUAUAGUGCUCCAUUCUUUUGCAAUCCCAGAGAAAUGUUGCUAGAAGAGAAUAUUAUGUGGAAUGAGACCUUUUCCCGUGUUUUAUGACCAACAUCUAUUCUACAAAUACCACGUGCUCUAGUCUGGAAGAAGCAAGCCGCCAUUUACAACAGACCUGAGAACAUGAGAAUGUUUGUUAGUGGCAGGAGAGUCAAAAGAUGGAAAUUUUUUCAACUGUUUGCCACUUGCUUUAUAUUAAGCUUCAUGGUUUUUUGGGGCCCGAUCAAAAACCACAUUGUGAACCAUAUGAAGGCCUACUCCUACAGAUACCUCGUGAAUAGCUAUGACUUUGUGAACGAUUCCCUUUCUCUCAAGCACAGCUCCGAGCAACCUCACUUCCCAUACUUGAUCAACCACAAGGAGAAGUGUCAGGCUCAAGAUGUCCUCCUCUUAUUGUUUAUAAAGACUGCCCCUGCAAACUAUGACAGACGUUCUGCAAUCAGAAAAACGUGGGGCAGCGAGAGUUACGUUCAGUCCCAACUUAAUGCCAACAUCAAAAUUCUGUUUGCCUUAGGAACUCCUGCUCCACCAAAGGGAGACGAGCUGCAAAAAAGACUGAUUUGGGAAGCUCAGGUGUACAAGGAUAUAAUUCAGCAAGAUUUCGUUGAUUCUUUCUACAAUCUUACUUUAAAAUUGCUCCUUCAGUUCAGCUGGACAAAUACCUUUUGUCCACAUGCCAAGUUCCUGAUGACUGCCGAUGAUGACAUAUUUAUCCACAUGCCAAACCUCAUUGCAUACCUUCAAGGGCUAGAGCGGAUGGGUGUUCGGGACUUUUGGAUUGGUCAUGUUCACCGUGGUAGCCCUCCCAUUAGGGAUAAAAGCAGCAAAUACUACGUUCCCUACGACAUGUACCACUGGGCAGCUUACCCUGACUACACAGCAGGGGCAGCCUAUGUCAUCUCCAGUGAUGUUGCUGCCAAAGUCUACGAGGCAUCACAGAUGCUGAAUUCCAGUCUGUACAUAGAUGAUGUGUUCAUGGGCCUCUGUGCCAACAAAAUGGGGAUAGUGCCACAGGACCAUAUGUUUUUUUCUGGGGAAGGUAAGGUUCCGUAUCAUCCUUGCAUCUAUGAAAAGAUGAUGACAUCUCACGGACACUUAAAAGAUCUGCAGGACCUCUGGAGGGAGGCUACGAAUCCUAAAGUAAAGAACAUUUCAGGAGGGUUUUUUGGUCAAAUAUACUGCAGGUUAAUUAAGAUAGUUCUUUUCUGCAAUUUAAUUUACAGGAGUCCGUACCCUUGUAGGGCUGCAUUUGCUUGACAGCACUUGAAUGCUGCGCUGUGUUCACUCUCACUGAGCCAAACUUGGAGGGGGAAAAAAAUCUAUAAACGUUCCUCUAUACCCUAAGUAAAAUAAACUGAAGGCAAAGAGAUCAUUCCAAAUCCCAGGGGAUUAAAUGUUUGCGUGACUACAGAAACAAGUCAGUGUAAUGUCAAAUUCAUAGCUUAAAAUUGUUUCAAGGACUUCAGAUUUUAAAAGAUUUAGAUCAUGAGCAAAGGCAAAAGUAAAGCAAAGUUCAGGUUCUCACUUGGUGCCACAUGUGUCCCUGAGGCAUGGAGAGCAAUUGCCAUGCCUUGGUAUCAAAACAGUGGUUUGGGGGAAAUACCUAGCAAAUGGAUAAUGGAGCAUUGCUAAGAAAUUAAUGUAUCUUUAGAACAAGCAUUCUAAUUUAUUUUUAUUAAAGAGUACUUAUUGGGGGUGGGCAGGUGGUAGAGAAGAAAAGUAUACCAACCUGAAGAAAGUUUCAUUCUAAUGAGGACAUAGAGGAAAAUGUCUACAAUCCUGUCACAGUUGAAUCACUUAACAUUGACAUUCCUACUGCUAUUUAUCUAGAUAGUGCUGGCACCAUUUAAAAUACAUCGUUUUCUCAAAUUUAAUUUUUAACGUAAAAUUUGAAAAAGUCAUCAGCUCUGCCCUCACCAGGACACUAUGUAGACUUUCUCUAAAAUUAUCAAACAGGAGUAGUUCCUGGCCCCUGAGGGCCUUCUCUAGAGAGAAAUUACCAUCAGCUCCAAUAAGCUAGCUUUAAUUUAAUGAAUUAUUCAACGGGUUUUAAAGCAUUAAAUACUGGCCUUUGCUUAAGGUAUUUGUUUGAAUCAGUAUACAUACUUACAUAGAGGAAUAUAAUAAUGGAAAACACUUAAAAGAAGGACGGGCAAGGGGUGUAACUCAGCACCCAAAGAGAAAAGGCGAAGACACGUCAAAGGCCCCUUUUCCUUGUAACUUGUCAUAUUUUAACUUGGAGUUCAAAUCACAGCAGUGAUCACUAAAAUUAGCCCACCACUUACCAACAAGGUCUUGUAGGCCACAGAUGUUGUUCCAAGCACAGACUUGUAACUUGACAGUCUUUAAUAUGCUACCAUGUCUAAAUAAACCAUCAUUUGGCUAAAUAACUAUCAGUGAUUCUCUUUUAAAUAUUUCAAACAUGGCAGCAGAGCAAAGGAGUUUGGUAAGUUUGAGCUAAAAGUUUUGGUAAAGCAGCAUGUCCUUUGUAACCAGAGGUUUGGCAGAUGAAAUAAAGUAAAUUACACUAGUUUUAAAAAGUAGCAUAAAAAAAUGUGGCUAUAAUGCCAGCAGUGUACCAGCCCUGAAAGGACUAAGCAAUGUCCAUCCAUGAGGACGUGCAAUGCCGGCCAAAACAGUGACCUCAACAAAAGCAGAUGGACCACUUAACCAACCUCAGGCAGAGAGACACGUGCUAGUGAAAGCCCAGCUAUCUUUAGGAUAGUACUGGAAAAAUGUAAAAAAAAAAAAAAAAAAAAAAAAAAAACACUAAGAAUUUCUCAAAACACACAACUAAAUGAUCCCUGUGUUUUUGCAGGUAGAUUUUUUUUUUUAAUGUUUACAGAAAUCUUUGUGAAUUUUUCUAUUAUGAGAUUUGAGGCUUGUUUACACUGCUUGAAUCAUUUCUUACUAACCUCAAGAUGUGGUGUUAAACAUUCUAAGAUAGUUAUUUUUAGGGUAGAUUCAGGGUUUUAAAUUAUUACAGUUCGGAUUUUUCUGAUCGACUUUUUUAAAAAAAAAAAAAAAGCUAGAAAACAAAAGCAAUGUCUGAAAAGCAGUUUCAUAGUUAAUCCUCACCAGUUGGCCCUUUGGUAACUGCUGGCUUUGGGUUCUUUUGGGUUCCUCGCAACUUUGAGCUGAUAAAAGUUGUCACCGGCUGGAAAGCAUCUCUCUGUGGCCACAGAGGUGGUCUUGUUUACAUCCAGCGCUUCAUGAAGCAUUUUUCCAUUUGAUGACUGAGCUCUCUUGAACUGUGUUCUGCUCCUUUAUUUUUGCUUAGAAUAGAAUGCAAUUAGUUUGAAGUCAAAGGAAAUAUGAAGGUACUUCGUAACUUUUGGAGUUUUUAGGUGAUUCCACCAUCAGACCCGAAGGCCUGAAAAGAGUUUGUAAACAGAACUGUUCUAACCUUUUAAAAAGGAAAGAAAAAUCUUGGUGCUGAAAUGUAAGGCUUUUUUGAAAAUGAGAAAUAAAAUAGAAAAGGAAAACAAACUAUUGGCCCAAAUGGUCGCUUGAGUAAAACAUGCCUGUACACAGUAUUACUGCUAAAAGUUUCUUACUUCUUGAUUGAUUUGCAUCUUUUUUUCUUUCAGCUGUUAAUUUUAUACCAAAAUGUUAAAUAUUUAUAUUGUGUGAGUUUUGGUCUUGUAUGGCAAAAUAAUUAGGAGGUCUAAAAAAAAAAAUCUAUGCUUUCCAAUAAAUAACUUAAAAACCA